AUGGACCAGCCAAACUCGUUCUCCUCAGAGAGAUACUUCGAAACCCAAACACCGCCCAGCAACUUGGAGGAGAUAGUCGAAGGCGUGCGCAAGUUCGUCAACUUCCAUGCGAGCAACCAUCCUAAGCGGAGGAUAGUCCUGAUCACUAGUGGCGGAACGACCGUCCCAUUGGAACACAACGUUGUCAGGUUCUUGGAUAACUUCUCGGCUGGUACUCGAGGUUCAGCGUCGGCCGAGGCGUUCCUCAGGACGAACCAAUACGCGGUCAUCUUCCUCCAUCGCUCCCAUUCACUCGAGCCCUUCAGUCGACACUACCCACACUCGACCAACCCAUUCCUAGACCUACUCGCCAUCCAACCCUCCCCCCAAGCACCCAGCCCCGAUCCCUCUCGGCCAGCCGAUCAGCCGCUCUUCCCGCUCCUAUCGCCCCAUCUAGCCGACCUGCGUCAUAGCCAUCUCUCAACCAGCAGCCCACCCGGGGCCGAUCAUCAUGCAGACCAGCCUACGAUCUCCAUCCCCCCACAGCAUCGCCCGGCAAUGCUCUCGAUCUUACAGGCCCAUCAGCUGGUCCACCAGCACAACUUGCUCCACACGAUCUCCUUCGUGACCGUCAACGAGUACCUCUACCUCCUCCGAGCAGUUGCCAAAGUCCUCGGCGAACCUUCGUUGGGAAUAGGGAGAAGGGCUAUGCUCUAUCUUGCCGCAGCCGUCUCUGACUUCUUUAUCCCUCAACAAAAACUGUCUGAACACAAGAUCCAAAGUGGCAAAGGUUCAUUAGUGAUCGAGAUGGAUGCGGUACCCAAAGUGCUGAAAGAUGUGACAAACGAAUGGUCCAACCAAGCAUUCAUAGUCUCAUUCAAACUGGAAACCGAUUCGAGCCUCCUGGUUCCGAAAGCGAAAGGCGCCCUGAGCAGGUACGGACACCAUCUCGUGAUCGCCAAUGAACUCCAUACCCGGAAGACCUCGGUGUUGAUGAUCGACCGUGACGGGACGAUCGAGCCGAUCAAGAACGAUGACCCUGCGGGUCAUGAGAUCGAGGAACAGAUGGUCAACCGUCUAGUCCAUCGACAUCUUGAUUGGAUUCAAGCCUCUACUCCCACCUCUUGA